UUAACAACUUUCCCACAGUUCCCGUGGAUCAAUAUGGCUCAGAACGUGUGCAAACGAAGCAGGCAUUAAGUGUUCACCGUUCUAAGCUCCAGCAGGCUCUGAAUCUUUGCAACGUCGACCGAACGCGCACAGAAACAAAAUGCACUCGUCCAACAUAGUGCAGCUCGAUUGGAGCGAACGGAUUGUACACACGGCGCUGACCCACCAUCACGGCAAUGGCGACGUCUAUCGACGAUUUCAGGACAACGACGGCGGAAGCAGUAGUUCCGCGAGCAACGAUACGGAAUGCACUACGCUCUUGGACGAAUCGUGCCGGAAGAACGACCGAUUGUACGAUUUCACUUCCGGCAACGAGCGGCACCAUUACCGCGGUGGUGCCAGUGGAUGCUCGAAGAACAAAGUGUUUUUCUUUGUGACCGCCGUGUUUGUAUUUUUUACGCUGCUUCUGGCCAACUUUCCCGUCGGCAACGAUCGAGGCCGUGUGGGGACGAUCGUUGGCUGGGGUUUGAACACGUCGCGCCAGACGAUGAACUAUAUCCUGCCGUACGAGAACACGACCAUGAUCGACCCGGCGAACGUGUGCACGGCCGAGGAACCGCGGGCCGGGCUGACGGAGGAAAGCGACAAAGUGUUCCUGCUGAUCGUGGUGUGCUCGUCGGCGGGCAACUUUGAGGCCCGCCAAACGAUCCGCCAGACGUGGGGCAACGUGCGCGAUUUUAACUACGAACAGUUCCGCUUCCUACACGCCAGUUUCCGUGGCGAGUACCUGGAACCGAAAGCAUCGAUCAGAGCCACGCUAAAGGAGUACGUCCUGAUGCCCGGCACCGUCGAUCCUGCGGCGGAGGAAAGCCGAGACCACCCCAAACCCAACUCUAGUCACAGUGCUUUCCCCCGCAACGAGAGCUCGUUCCUCGCGAACAGUGCUUUCAAUAUCAAAGUAGUGUUUCUUGUCGGUCAGUCGGAGUCGGACUAUGUCCACCAGCAUCAGCGGACGGCACAGGGGGCGCCAGCGAGCGAUGGAUCACCAAAAACCGUCGACGUGACACCGCCGCCGCAUGCAGCCACCAAAGAGGAUCGUGUACCCGGCGCCACGAGUGAUCCGGCGGCGGACGACGACCAAGCGCCCGGUACGGUGCGAUCGCUGUUCCCGAACGGUGCCGACGUAGACCCGGCCUUCAACAUCGUCCCACCGGACGUGGCCGACGAGCUGCAGCUGCGCAUCGUCAACGAGAGCGAAACGCACGGUGAUAUUAUACAGGAGAGCUUUAUAGAUAGUUACAAUAACUUGACACUGAAGACGAUCAUGAUGCUGAAGUGGGUUACCAACAACUGUGAUGGCAAAGUUAAAUUUCUCAUGAAGUGUGACGAUGACACGUUCGUCAACGUGCCCAACCUGGUGCAGGUCCUGCUGGGUGGCACGGUUCCCCUGUACAAAGCAGCCAUAUCAUUCUACGACACCGGCUCAGUGGCGGUCAAGUCGACCAAAAAUCGGCUCGUCGAGGGACACCACCUGCUGACGGGGUUUCUGUUCUGCGAAGCGAAACCGAUCGGUGACACCAGCAGCAAAUGGUAUUCGCCGACAUAUAUGUACAACCGGGAGGUCUACCCGAACUACCUUUCCGGAACGGCGUAUCUGAUGAACUUUGAGGCGGCUAAACUGUUGUAUCGCACCAGCCUAUCGACGCCGAUCUUCCACCUGGAGGACGUCUAUCUGACGGGCAUCGUGGCGGACCGGGCGAAGGUACGCCGUCGUCACCAUCCUCUGUUCUUCUACUCGUACACCAAGGACUUGUGCGCACUGCGCGGCAUGAUCUCACAACAUCAGCUGCAGCCAAGCGAGAUACGCACCGCGUUUGAGUUCAUCACGAAUGGGACGAUCGUGUGCCGGGCGCCCGAAAAGCGUCUCACCGUUGGUCAGUUGAAGCUGCAGCAGCGAAAAAAGUGUCAAUGAUGUCGCCAGCGGCAGCCCUGUACCGUACAGCGGCCGCCUGCUUCCCGGUACCGGCGCUACCAUCGACAGUUCCUGCCCAUCUGGUGAGAUGCGUUGGAGAACGCCACGGACCGGCCACCAUGAAACCACCGUUUGCUGUUGCAGCCCCCCACAAUCGAAUCUCGAAUCCUUUUUGCCUCGCUUACCAUUCACCGGUCGCGCACCGAUUUUAUGUGUUGGUUUCCGAAGUUCAGCACACUCCAUUAGACUGCAUCGCACGUAGGACUGCAUUUACCACGGGAGCACGCACAGCAUAAUAGACUCAAGGGUGGUACCCUCCGGGGUAGUCCUCUGGCAGACAGUUAGUGGCGCGUUGAACGUUAACAGUGAAGUCUUUGAUUUCUCUUAUCACCUACCAUCUAACCAAGUAAGCCAUUAGUACUGCGCACAAAGCGUGUGACGUCCAAGCACUGGCACAAAUUAAUGGAACGGUUGACGGAACGGAACGGAACGGAACGAAAGCACAAUGUGAAUGUAGUGUGUAUUAUUCUUGAACAAACCAACAAUUAAGUCUGCUGACGCGCUUCCUCUCAACGAAUCGAUCGAUCGAACGAAAACUAAUGAAAACGAAAACAUACAAACGUUAAAUUUACAAACACAAGAAAAAAGACAACAUAUUUAGCUAAGCUUUUUGCCUUCAACACAAACGUCCUUACUGAUAGUAUAAUAACUUAGUGAAUAGUAGAUAUUUUGUAUAGGCGAGUUCUCAGACAUCUCACAAAGCACGCACAGCCCGCGGCAGCUCGCCGGCUGUGGCUGUGGUGCAUCUCAUCGUCUCUCGAAAUCCCCCGUAGCCGUAGGUUAGUAGUAACAUUGGCAUCGCUUCUGCAGGUAGUAGACCGACCGGUCCACUUAGAACGCGUGCUCGAUAGAACCGAGCACUCACUUCGCAGUUACAACGCCCCGAAUCUCUUCUUUUUGUCUUGCCGCUUUCGCCGUUUGCUCACAGCACAAAUCGCAGCGUGGCGCUGAGAAGGCCAGCUUGCAGUUUGAUCGAAUCGAAAACGAAGAAUCUCCUCUAGACUAGAUGCAAACGAUGCACCCCCAACUGUAGUUCCUUUUAAGCGACAUAUUAGCGGAGCAAGGCGAUGGAUCAACGAUCGCACGCUUCGGUAAACCGUUCGGAGGGCAAUGCAAAAAAUGAGCGAAAUGAGCUGACGAAUUGAGACGGGAGAGAGUAAAAAAUAAUUCAGCUGUGAUUCCUGAAACGAAGGGAAAAGUUAAAAUUUAGAUAGGUACACUAAUUAAGUAGAAUAUGAAAAUUAUCAAAUAUCACCGGCACACCGGGGACGGCGCACGCACGAAAAAUAAAGCAACAACCAAGUUAGCUAGUAGCUGCAAGCGAGAAGGACGCCGAUCGGAGCGUCGAUGUUACUCAGUCUUACAGAUUCUAAUAGAGAAUAGCAAAAAAAAACAAACGUCUGGCGCACGGUCCGUCACACGGCCGUGGGCAGGCCGGUCACGUAACCUUGUGAAGUCUAGUUACUAGCGGUAGAAGCGGUUACGAAUUGUUUCAGAUAUUCUGAGCCCCGUUAGUCGAAUUCCAGUUUAGCGAAAAUGGUCUCUCAAUUUGCUCGCCCGGCAAGCAAAGGUAAUUAGUUUGUUCGUUUGUUUGUUUCGCCCGUUUGUGAACGAUUGUCGUCGACCGUGGCGAUGGAAUCGACAGUCGCUUAAGCACCAAGUAGUCGUCACCAAGGCAACCGUAACCGUAGCAUAUACUCUUGAACCCUUUGACGGGGUGCCUACUGAGAAUGAAGUGAAGUGAUACUCGUUGCCGCAGUCGUAGAAGGCGCGCACGUGCGCGCGCAUUUCAGACUUGCUAACAAACUCUUCGACGCCAAAUGCCAGUUAGAGUGAAGGCUGACAAAGUAUUGAAUUAAGAACGUCCCCUGCACCGCCGGGCGGGGAAAGCAUUAAAGACAACUGGAUGAAGUUUGCACCGAAGUCCAAAGGGAAUCGGGAGGAACAUUAGACACAGCAGAAAAGACACAUGUAUGGACACGACUGUGUUUUUAGACGUAAGUAAGGAUUGAGGGUAGUCAGAUCUGUGUUUUGUCGAUUCUCUCACCGGAGACGUACACAGGUUUUCUGUUGUAACAUAGUUUGGUACUUAGUUUGUGUUCCUAUUGCGAUUGUAAUGGAUUGUUUUUUCUCUCCUUCGAGUAGCGAUUUGUGAGCGGUUCUGGAUCUGAAAUUGAAUAAACACUGUACCAGU